UUCGCCACUGCACGGGAGAGGGGCACGGAGGCUGCAUGUGCGCAGCGUCGCCCGCGGAGCUCCCCCCGCCGCCGCCGCCGCCGCCACCCGUCUCGGCAUCCCGCAGGCUCCACCGAGAGCAGCGCCGGAGCAUCAGCCGCCGCCGCCAGACAUGGAUGAAGGAAUCUCCCGCUUGCCGGAGAGGCAGCUGCUGGAGCACAGGGAUUUUAUAGGGCUGGACUACCCUUCCCUCUAUAUGUGCAAGCCCAAAAGAGGCGUGAAGAGGGACGAGAGCAAGGAAACAUACAAACUGCCACACAGACUGAUCGAAAAGAAGAGGCGAGACAGGAUUAAUGAAUGCAUCGCCCAGCUGAAGGAUUUACUGCCCGAGCAUCUGAAAUUGACGCACCCCCACGAGUGCAACAUGUACGUGCUGUGCCGUGAAGUGGCACCCAUGGCCUUUGGACUAUCUCUGUAG